CGAACUCUCUAAAGGGGGCGUGGCUUCCAAGAGAGACGGAAAUGUGGCUACCUCUAGCAAGAUGGCCGCGCCCUGCUUGGUAGUAGGUGUUGCACAGGGAAAGAGAUUAGAGUCCCCCGCAACUUGGACUUCCGGCGAUAACUUGGGAAGCCACUAUUAGCCCCAAUUCUCUAUGGCUUUAGCUAAAUAAGGGGCCCAAAGUGAGAUCUCUCUAUCCUUUGGCACCUCUAUGGUGGAAGCCGGCUACAUUUUGCAUCGGGAGAUUAAGGGGAACAUCCUGUGCAUUUUAUCCCGUUAAAGGCUGUUGCGUCGCUUUGGAUUGCUUGCAGCAUGGUGGAAAAGAAAGUAUCAGCACGGUCCCAGGAUCCCAGCCAGCGACGCAUCUUGGAUCGGGCCACCCGGCAGCGGCGUCUGAACCGCCAGCUGGAGGCCUUGGAGAAUGACAACUUCCAGGAUGACCCUCACGCUAACAUGCCCCAGCUGGUGAAGCGGCUGCCGCAGUUUGAUGAUGACGCCGAAACGGGGAAGAAAAAGAAGAAAACCCGCGGGGAUCAUUUCAAGUUGCGUUUCCGCAAGAACUUCCAGGCUUUGCUGGAAGAACAGAACCUCAACACGAGCGAAGGGCCCAACUAUCUCACAGCCUGCGCGCCUCCUUCUAACUUGCCCCAGCGUCACUUCUGCACUGUCUGUGGCUUCCCCUCAAACUAUACUUGUGUGUCCUGCGGGGCCCGUUACUGCUGCGUGAAGUGUUUGGGAACACAUCAAGAGACUCGGUGUCUGAAGUGGACAGUUUGACCUGCGUCCUGAGGAACUGCCGUUUGCUGGCCUGUAUGUGGGAUUUGUUUGAGGGCUACCUUUUGCUGGUGGAUCUGUUCAGCCAUCGGGGCACCUCACUUUAUCCUAUUGUUACUGAAGUGUGGUAGACUGGGUGCUGAGUGCUGAGUCUUCCACUAGUGUCUAAGUAAUAAAAACAAGGUGUUUAUCGACUUUUGUCUGUGGAACUUUGCUCAUUCCUUCACCGGUCAUCUAGAGCGGUUUGUUUUGCUGGUGAUGUUCAUUUGCUCUUUUCUUAAAGCUGAAAAGUCACAGUUAAUGUCGAUUUGGUGCAUUAGAGCCUGGCCCAAAGGUUGUCUUGUUAUGGAAGCAACGUGAACAAUCCACAGGAAUACACAGUGUGUCAAACAGGAAAACAAAAACUACUGUGCACUAGAAUUUGGAAAAUAAACUUAUUUACAAUUUUGAAA